AGUGCCGCACUACCGAUAGUACAGACGCUUUUGACUCCAACACGAAAAAAAUUCAUCUUUCUCGUCAUAUCAACUCGCACCAUCCUGAGUGACUCAUCCAUGUUCCUGAUGCCUUCACCAAACUAAUUUAAUUAACCAGAGUAAGCUGAGAAUCAAGCUCUCCCCACCAUAUGAUCACUUUCCCUGAAGACCUGCAACCUCACGCUAGCUGAUCCAGCUGCUAGCCAUGGAGACGCCUCCGAGCCCCAGUUGAACCAAGCUGCGCCAACAUCGAUCUGCAGGAAGAGUUGCCGGCUCCUCUUCAGUUUGUGAGGUCAGGUAUACAUCCAAUAAAAGAGGACUCCUUUAAUUUGCCCAGUUGUUUAGUGCAGUUUGUAGGUGUUUCAAUUCCUGCGUUUUGUUGGAGCACUCCCAAUUAUCCUCUAAUUAGGACACACAAUAGAGGAGAGUCAAGGGACGACUCAGAAGGGAACGCAGGCACCAGGUGGAGGACCGCCCAUCAGAGAUACAAUUGAUGAUGUUGUCUGGUGGUGAACAGCACCUCAUAAUCAUCACAAGAAAUAGAGAGUUGGGGAGUAGUGAACCAUCAGGAAUGGAGUUCGCCACAGGGGCAAUGGGCACGCUCUUCCCCAAGCUAGCGGAGCUGCUCAAGGAAGAAUAUGAUCUGCAGAAUAGUGUGAAGGAGGGGAUAACAUUCCUCAUGGCUGAGCUCCAGAGCAUACAAGCUGCCCUUGAGAAGAUCUCAAAGGUGCCCCUAGACCAACUUGACAAGCAAACCAAGAUCUGGGCUUGGGACAUUAGGGAAUUGUCCUAUGACAUUGAGGACAACAUCGAUAUGUUCAUGGUACGAGUGGAUGGUCUUGAGCCAGCCAAGAAACAUAAUUUCACAUGGUUAAUCGACAAGUGCCACGAGUCAUUGUCCAAGAUAAAGAUCCGUCACAAAAUAGCCAAUGAAAUCAAAGAUAUCAAGAGCCAAGUUAAGGAGGUGAUGGAACGACGCGAUAGGUACAAGAUUGAUGAUGUCGCUACUAAUCUUCCAACAUAUGUGGAUCCUCGUAUCUUGACAUUAUAUGAGAAUGUCACCAAGCUUGUUGGCAUUGAUAAGGCAAGUGAUGAUCUAAUGAGGAGGUUGUCCGUGGGGGAUGAGGCGCCCAAGAAACUCAAGAUGGUCUCUGUUGUUGGAAUCGGAGGCUUAGGCAAGACAACUCUUUCCAAAGUAGUGUUUGACAUGCUUAAACUGCAAUUUGAUUGUGCUGCUUUUGUUCCCGUCGGUCAAGACCAUGAAAUCAAGAAAGUCCUGAAGGACAUCCUAGUUGAACUUAACAAGGACAAGUACAUGUCAUUUGAUGUAACAGGAGUAAGUGAAAGGCAUAUGAUUAAUGAGCUUCGAGAAUACCUUGACAAUAGAAGGUACUUGAUUGUUAUUGAUGACAUAUGGGAGCCAUCAAAAUGGAACAUUAUUAAACUUGCUCUGAUUGAUAGUAGUUGUGGAAGUAGAGUAAUCACAACAACUCGGAUUCGUCAAGUGGCCAAUGAAGUUGCUAAAGAAUUUGGUGAUGUUUACAUGAUGGAACCACUUUCUGAUGAUAACUCAAAAACGUUAUUCUACAAUAGAAUAUUUGGUGUUGCCUGCAAUGGUCCAACUGAUAAUCAAUCGGUUGAGGCAACCGAAAAGAUCUUAAAGAGAUGUGGUGGCAUACCUCUAUCUAUAAUUACAAUAGCUAGUUUGUUGGUUGAUAAACCUGCGAGGGAAUGGUCCGUAAUUUAUGACUCUAUUAGUUUUGGGACUGGAGAUCAAAAUGAGGCAGUUCAAAACAUGCGGAAGAUAUUGUCUUUUAGCUACUAUCAUUUGCCCUCAUACCUAAAGACUUGUAUGCUGUACCUAAGCAUAUAUCCAGAAGAUCAUUUGAUUUACAAGGAUAUUUUGAUAUGGAAGUGGAUAGCCGAAGGCUUUGUCCAUGAGGAACAAGAUAAGGGGUUAUUUGAGGUCGGCGAGAGGUAUUUUAUUGAGCUUAUAAAUAAAAGCAUGAUCCAGCCAAUUGAGGAAUUUUGUAACGUGAGUGGCUGCCGCAUACAUGACAUGGUGUUAGAUCUCAUCCGAAAGAUAGCAACUGAAGGAAACUUUGUAAAAGUAUUCGACAAAUUACAUGAGAUGCACGGUCUGUCUUCACAGAGGACAACUAUCCGAAGGAUUGCACUGCACAAGAGUUGGAACCAAGGCAAAAAUAAUGACCUGGCUGUUGGCAUGACACACUUGAGGUCAUUCAAUGCCAUCAACUGUAAUAUUAACAUGAUGCCCUCGCUUUUGAGCUUCCAUGUUCUACGCGUGCUAGAUCUAGAUGAUUGUAAUGUCACGGGAGGUUUAUACCUCAAGCAUAUCGGGAAACUACGUCAGCUGAGGUACCUAGGAAUGAAAAACACAAGUGUUGCUGAGCUUCCAACUGAAAUAGGGGAUCUCGUGAACUUGCAGGCACUAGAUGUCUGGGAAAUAGGUCUGAGGGAACUACCGUCGACCAUUUGCAAGCUAAGCAAGCUGAUGCGGCUAUGCGUCUUUGGAAUAACGACCGUGCCAAUGGGUUUUGGGAAUCUGAGUUCACUGCAAUACCUAGAGUUGGCCGAAGGUUCCAUCAAAAGUAUCGCAGACAUCGCCAUGGAGGUGGGCAAGCUGAUGGAGCUGAAAAUCCUCAGUAUUAGUCUAGAUAAGUUUGACGAGGGCACGGAGAAGGCUUUGCUACAGUCUCUGUGCGGCUUGCGUAGACUCCGGAACCUGAGGAUAGAUUUCUGGCUUUGUGAGAGUACGAUGAUCUGGCAAGGCUGGGAUCACUGGGAGCCCCCGCCGCAGCUCCGUGAGUUCUGUAUAUUUGACGUGGAGCUGGCUCGGCUUCCAGCGUGGGUGAACUCCAUGUGCGUCCCGUACCUAUCCGAGCUGCGACUUGACGUGGUAGCCAUGGAAGCACGGGACCUGGACAUGCUUGCAAGGAUGCCAGCACUCCGCACACUCUGCCUGAGAACCCAGGCGAGAUUUUCGUGGACAGUUGGUGGUGCCGGACUGUUUCCGAACCUGAGAUUCUGUAGGAUGGACAUAGCACUCGCAUUUCUUCAAGGAGCCAUGCCGAUGCUCACGCAGAUUGAAUUAUAUCUGUGGGCGUCUGAAUAUUGUGCCGCCACUGACGUUGGAUUGGGGCACCUCCUUCUGCUCAAUCGCGUCGAAGUUAUCCUCGACUGCUGUGAUGCGACUACCAGGCAGGUGGAGGAAGAAGAGGCGGCGUGGAGGCGCAUGGUGAAUGCUCACCCGAACCGUCCUGCAAUUGUCAUGCACCAACUUUGAAAGUACCAGAUGAAAGGAAAUGAAGAUAACGAUGAGGGAGAGAUUUCAGCUAAGGAUCAUGUUGACGGAAAUAGUGACGAUGAGAUUUCAGCACAUAUGGACCAAGAGCUGGACAGUGAUGCAGCCAAAGAAGAGAAGGAGGAGGAGAUUUUACGAACUAAUCUUGAACUGGCUCUCUGCACUCAUUCGGUCAUGCUUUCAGCAGCAGCAGCAGGGCAAGAAGAAGAUUAAAGGGCGAAGAGUUGAGCGGAACUGAAGAGAAGCUCAUCUCCAUCGCUGGGCCUUUAUUUUUUCUUGCUUUUGUUUUUCUUUCCCUGUUUUUCUCUCAAGGAUUUAUAUAGCGUGGUUUGUAAUAAUGGUUGUCUCGGUUACAAUAAGUCCCAACUAGACUGAGACAGAAAUACUGAACAUAUUGGCCACCAAACUGUAAUGCGUGAUUUUUUACACUAUGCUUGUUUUUCAAUAUCACCUGUUUUACUUGAUUCAA